AUGGUUCUCGACCCCUUUGCUGCUCUCAGCCUUGCGGGGGUUGUUGUUCAAUUCGUUGAUUUCUCUGCCAAACUCCUUUCCGAGACCCGGAGACUGCACAAGUGUCGCGGUUGCAAAGACGAACACGAGGAGAUCGAUUGCAUCAAUCAGGAUAUCUCACAAAUAUUCUCAGAUGUUGCCACAGCAGCGAGCCGGAAAGAUGAGCUUUUCAGCGAUCCUGGCCUGCAGAGCUUGAUAGCGCAAUGCCAGGACUUAUCACAACAGCUUUUGACCGCAAUUGGAGGAACUGAUUAUCGAAAGAUCCCUGGUCAUAAAUGGAAGAGUUUCCGUGAGGCCUUGAAACGAAUCUGGAAUCAGGACAAGAUCAAUGGAUUUCGGGAUCGCUUGUCCUAUCUUCAGGAGCAGCUUACGGUCCACCUGCAAACUAGCCAAAGUAAGCUGCUACUUUCAAUGAAAGAGUCAAUGGGAAUUCUGCAGAGCGACACAAAUCAGCUCCAUGAUCUACACUUCGAAAAUCUUCAGCUUCUCAAGUCAACAAUACACUCCUUGGAACAAUUCCGGUGUGAAAUUUCUACUGGAAAUCACAUUUCUGCCACUUACAAAGCUCUGGCGGAUCUAAUGAAUCCAGAGAUGGACAGAAGAGCAAGGGUCCUGCGAAGUCUACUCUUCGACUACAUGACUUCUCGCUAUCUCAACAUCACCGAUGCACACGUUCAGACUUUCAAAUGGGUAUUCUUGGGCAACUGUCCUCCAGAAACCGACCCUCGCUCAAAUGUUCACUUCACCGAGUGGCUGCAGUCUGGCACGGGUACCUACUGGAUAUCAGGAAAACCCGGAUCUGGAAAAUCGACUCUUAUGAAGUACAUUGUCGACAAUCCAGAGACCACCUCAGCUCUGAAAGUUUGGAGUGAUGCAAACAACUUAAAUAUUGCGAAGUUCUUUUUCUGGAAUUCUGGCACUGCAAUGGAGAAAUCUUUACCAGGUCUACUACGAUCUCUGGUCUUCGAGAUUCUGAGCCGGCGACCCGAGUGGAUACCAACUGUUUGUCCGUCGCGAUGGUCUUCUGAGAUAGCAUGCUUAACUGGCUGGACAAUGUCGGAGCUCAAGUUAAUCGUGAAGCGUCUUGUCUGCCAAGAAGUCACGCCGUCUGAGAAGUUCUGUUUCUUCAUCGAUGGCCUUGACGAAUACGAUGGGGAUGUGCACGAUAUUCUCGAUUGCCUUCGCGACAUUGAUUGUUCCACCCACGUCAAGUUAUGCCUCUCGAGCAGACCUUGGAACUGUUUUGAGGAGAGCCUCGGGAAGCGGAAAGACCAAAAGCUUUACAUGGAAAUUCUCACGCAGAAAGACAUUACCAAGUAUGCCUACGACAAAAUUUCUUCGUUCAUGCUUGGUUGCGACUACAAUGACGCCGUCGGAAUGGCAAACAAACUGUCCGAGGAGAUCACCCAAAAGGCUCAAGGAGUUUUCCUCUGGGUCGCACUCGCAACUCUUGACUCCUAG